CGGGGUUUGAAAGCGGUGGGACGGGGGAAGGGGCGGGUUCCGCGGGCGGGCUGCCUGCCUGCCUGCGUCUGUCUGUCUGUCUGUCUGUCUCUUUGCGUUCUCCUGGCGGCGGCCCGGGAUGGCGGAGGCCUUGAAUCAUUUUAAAAAAGACUACAGAGCAAGAUUCUGCCAUGGAGUAAGAAAUAAGAUUGAUGUACAGCCAGGUCAAAACAUUCUGAAACUCAUACAGGAUUGUUUUGAAAGUUGUGGCACUGAUCUUACAAUAAACUCUCCAAGUUCAACCUGUUGCUCAACUCCUGUUGUCAGAAACGAGAAGAGGACUUCAGUACAGAGCCAAAGGCUAAAGGCAGGGUUAACUAACUCUGUGGAAGGAGCCUGCAACUCUGCAGAGUCCUUACCUGCAUCACCACUAAAAAGAGUCAGCAGCAGAGGAUGGUCACACGAAUCACCCCUGAAGCCUGCAAUACAUGAUUACAUAGCUGAUUCUAAAAAACCAGAGUCUCCUGCAUCUAAAAGAGGAACAAAUAAUACAUUAAGAGAUGUUGAAAUACUAUGCGAAAGCCCUGCUGUGUCUUCGGACCCUGAGGAUGAUCAUGGGUCUGCUGGUUCACCUAUUCUUGUGGAGGAAGUGAAGAAUUCUGAACAUAUAUUACAUUUUGAUGACCAAAAUACUCCUGCUGCAGUGAAGAGCCAUGUGGAAGUUGAAAAUUUGGAAGGACCUCAGACUGGGAGAGAUGAGCCGGCUGUUCUCGUGCAAGAAACAGAACAUAUUGCUAAGUCUUCUGUACAGAAAAAGAAGUCUUUCUCUUCGGCUGUCUUAGCAGCUGUAGCAACAGGAGCGCUUGUGAAAAGGUAUUCAGCCUCAAUAUCACCGCCAUCACCUCCUCCGGUGAAAGAUCUAGAUAUAGAAAUAGAAAAGGAAUGUGAAUUUUUAAUUGAUGAAUCAGAUGGUGUAUCUUUUAAUUCGUGGUUUUCAAUACCCUGUAAGAACAAAAAAUCAAAAAAAGAUGGCUCUGCAACUCCUGUUUCUAAAUCUCAGCCCUCUGAGAAGGAGAAGACAGGGAGUAAGAAGGGCAAGAACAGAAAAGGGCAGGUUGAAGCACUUAAUAAAGAGGAAAAGGAUGUCAGAGUACCUGACUCCAGCACAGCGUCAGAAUCAGAUCCAGUCUCUGACAGUGAAGGAAAGGUCUUCGUAUCUCAAAGGAAAAACAAUACUCAUAUGGGAAAGACUAAAAAGGAUACACGUAGGCAAGGUUCUCCAAAGGGGAGAAAGGAGACAUCCUGGAAACCAGAAGCUGAAGAACUGAUGUCAUCACCAAAGUCUGGACUGGAAACAGAAGCAUCUGAUGUUGAACAAUGUAAAACAAGGGUGAUGCCAAGUGAGGAUUGGCCUGUGUCCUCAGAUGAGCAUCAGCAAGAGCAGGUUGUGUCUCCAAAAAAGAAUCUCAAGUCUUCUGAGUGUCGGCAGUUGGCUUCAAAAGCUUCUCGGCAUUUAGUUCACAAGAAACAAACUGCUAAGCAGAAACUUCCAAAAGUUGGAGUAGCUAAGACACUGGCACAAAGUCCGAGGAAGAAGGUUAAAAACUCUGGCAAGAAAAGUAGAGGUAAAAAUCCUCAGUUACAAAGAGAUGAGAGUUCUGACAGUGAACCUGGUAAAGAAGAGGUUGUAAGAGAGCCUGUAAAAUUGAACGAAGUGUUUAACUCGCCCCUGCAUCAGAAAUUACAGACUUCCAUGAUUCAGAAAUUGGGUAAGUCUGAAAAGCCUAAAAAUGUAUCGCACACAUUGGAGUCAUUUGGUGGUGCAAAUAACAAAACUCCUGUAAAAGCACUGCAGCAUCUCAUAGACAGUGUGAAGAAUUCUGAAAAGAAACAACUGUCACCCAGGUCUUCAAGGAAGGUACCCAAAAAGAUUCAUCGCAGAACCAGUAAAGGUGUUUGCUCAGACCUUGAGGAUGCUGAAUGUCAAACAGAUUCUGACAGCUCUAGCUCUUCUGUACAGGACACGGCAAGAAAAAAGCAGAAGUUAUCAGAUGUGAAAAGAAAAAGAAAACAUAACGUGCAACAUGGACUACAAGGUUCCUUUACAGCUGAGAAGCCUAUGAGUUGGGAAAGUGGGCCUGUUCUGGAACAUUGUGAUACAUUUGCUUCCAGGAGUAAGUUUUGUGAACAGGAUAAUACAUCUUCAGAUAAUUCUGAAGACUUGAACUGUCAAGUAAGAGAUCUGUUAUCAGAUGACAGAGCAAGGCAAAAAAUAGUAAUGCCUUCCAACACACCUAAUGUUCGUCGGACAAAAAGGAUACGACUAAGACCUCUGGAAUAUUGGCGAGGCGAGCGCGUAAACUAUACGAUGAGGCCUUCAGGAGGGCUCGUGAUUAGUGGAAUAGUGUGUCCAGAACCAGAACCUGGCAGAAAGAUUAAGCAGAGGAAGGGUGGUCACAAGCAGAAAAGAGACGAAACAAGAAGUAAGAUACCUGCAAAUUUGGAUCACACCCUAGCUGAUACUUCUAAGCCAACCGUUGUACUGGACCCAGCAACAAACGAGGAAGUACUUCUAGAAUGUGUUAACACUGAAAGCAGUCACUCAUGCUUCUUCAAAGAUGAAUCGGUAGAAAUAUAUAAAAAUUUGAAUACAUCUGCUUUUUCCAGUGGUAGAUUGAUUUUGAAACCAUUUAAAGAAAAGGGACACCAGUUUGUCCACAUGGAUACAAUAGCUUUCCAUGUUAUCCACGGCAAAAUUAUUGUUACCUUACAUAAGACAUCAUAUUAUCUGACUACAGGGGACUACUUCUAUGUUCCUGCAGGAAAUGGAUAUAACAUACGUAAUCUUCUGAAUGAAGAAAGCAUUCUUCUCUUCACACAACUCAAAAAAGACAGACCAAAAGCAAGAAGCAUGUUGUUGGAGACCUCAUCCCCGUAACGUUUUCUGCAAAUUGAAGAUCAUCUAAUGUAAAGGAGUUCUAAAGAAGACACUAAAUACCAUCCAACUGGAAGUACAACCCAGUUUUCGGGGCAUGUUGAUUCAUUGAUCUUAAAAGCUUUCUCCAGUGUAAUUUGUAAAUACAUGGCUUGUUACAAAUAUUUUUUGUUUUGUAUCAGUGAAUAUUAAAUAAUGCAAAUCAGGUUAUAA